AUGCUCAACCUCUCCUCCCUCCAACCCCGGCAACUAGCCGCGCAAAUCCUCAACUUCGCCCUCGUCCUGAGCACAGCAUUCAUGCUAUGGAAAGGUCUCUCCGUCGCCACCGACUCGCCCUCCCCGAUCGUCGUCGUGCUCUCCGGCAGCAUGGAACCGGCUUUCCAGCGGGGAGACCUAUUGUUCUUAUGGAACAGAGGCCAGGACACGCAGGUUGGGGAGGUAGUUGUGUACAAUGUGCGGGGGAAGGACAUCCCGAUUGUGCAUCGAGUUGUUAGGCGGUUUGGCGGAGGAACAGGUCCUCUCCGCCUUCUCACAAAGGGUGACAACAACGCGGCAGACGACACAGAGCUGUAUGCACGCGGACAGAGCUUCCUGAACAGGCAGGAGGACGUUAUUGGGAGCGUGGUGGGCUACAUUCCUUUCGUGGGAUAUGUCACGAUCUUGUUGAGCGAGUAUCCGUGGUUGAAGACAGUGAUGCUGGGGUUGAUGGGGUUGACGGUGGUGCUGCAAAGAGAGUAA